CUCGUGGUGGCCGGAUAAUUACUUUCAACUUCAUCAAUUUCAAAAUGAGAUUAAGACCAUCAGUGGAUUAUGGGUCUCAUCUGGAGGUUCAUUUAAUUGAGCACAACGAAAAUGAGGAACUGUACCAUCCUUUGCACACGCCUCGAACGAGGUUUCCGACAGCCACGAAGCUACUUUUGGUGUCGAACAUCUUUUGGAUGACUCUACUUUCGAUGAUGGUACUCCAUCACUACCCAGUACCAGGCCAUUUCGGGACUGAGAGUUCCCACAAAUAUGGAAGUCUUCGGCCCAAUCUCAAACCUCCUCGACCAACAAUAUUUGACGACCAACUCCGCUUCAAUUCCACUUCUCACGAAUUCUGGCGCGAUCUCGAUUCACAACAACCACAAUACUUUGGCCGUCCAAGUCCUGAUAUCGACUUAGCAUGGGAAGAGCUCCUGCACGGGGAAUUCCUAGGCAUUUCCGACAAAGAGGCAUUGCAGAAUCCUCAUCUUGACUUUGAUGAGGAGGAAAGAGUUCCCCAGACAGGUCAAUUCAUAUUGCAGUCGAUGUUUUCCAUUCUUUACAUUGUCUCAAUGCUGUACGGAAGGAACUCGACCGCGAAUAUUACCAGACUAAACACGAGGCCCGGGCUGAAGGGCAUUUGGCGGCUCAACAUGAUCAUACUCUAUGGUCUGGAGAAUCGCAGCGAGUCCAUAUAUAUCACUGCAUGAACCAUAUCCGGCAAAGUCUCCAAUGUCACCCGGAUCUUAGCCCUGCGGCAAUGAAGAGGCAAAUAAACGCUGACGGCAAGGUAUUUUAUUUGGGGAAUGCUGUGGCGCAUACUUGUACAGAUUGGAGUAAAAUUCGGAGGUGGAUUGAUGGGAGAGUUGAUUUGGGACUUGGGUACUGGACUGAAUGAUGUCAACCUUAUACUCCAGCCCCGUCAUAUUUUCCCCCUUUUUGUUUGCGGAUAUGGAUAUGUACUUCUCGAAGAGGGACGAACAUGCACUUCAACCACUUGAAAGUCAUGAACCGUCCAGGAACUCUACCUAAGUCUUGGUUCAGACCUGUCUUCGUGGAUCAAAUGGAAUAACAUCUCAUUCAUCAAUUGUGUUUCAAAGCUGAAGCUAACG